AUGAUGCAAAACAACUCGGACUUGUAUUGCAAGUCCCUUUCUCAACUUUCUGCUGUUGCAUCGAAGAUAGUGGCUGAAGAUGUUGAAGGUGAGGAUCUCAAGCAGCUGUUGGCAAAAUGCAUCGACACUCUUACGAUAUAUAAGCGGGACAUGAAGAAACUAGGGUGCGUAACGAGUAAGACGCCUGUGGAGCAAAUAUACGAGCUUUAUGAAACUCUGUAUGUUUAUUAUAAGAUUGUGUCACAGAUUGCAUCACAAGUUAUACCAAGCUUGCCCGAGUUCCAGAAGAUUAAACAGAGUGUGAAAAAGGAUUCUAAUGAGAGAGAAUUAUUGGAAAUAUACAGCCAGCUGGUUUCUGCCUUGGCUAAUGAUAAGAAAAUUGGGGAAGUGAAACGGUUUAUCAAAACACAUGGGGAAGAAGUGAGUCAGUCUGUGACUCUUCCAACAUACCAAAAUGGUGAUUUAAUAAGUAUCUCACAAUUACACUCACUAAUACGACAACCCCAUAAUAAUCAGCAACAACAUUCCUCAUUAUAUGAUUUUCUUCUCAUUGAUAUCAGACCAAGAAGGGACUUCAAUAAUGGGCAUAUAAGUUGUGACAACAUUGUUUGCAUAGAACCUAUUUCAUUCAAGGAAACAUAUACAGACUCUGAUAUUCAACGCAAAUCAUUGAUUACAGCAACAGAUAGGGAAUUGGAUCUUUUCAAGUGCAGAGAUAAAUUCAAGCUAAUUAUUCUCUAUACUGACACAGAUGAGCGCACAAAAUACUAUUGGCACCAGUUACAAGUUCUUCAAAAUAUUCUCCUUAGUAGAUCAUUUGACCAACCGUUGGAGGGCACUAAGGUGGUUGUGUUACAAAAUGGGUUUAAUGCCUGGAAGGCCAAAUUUCCAAACGAUAUUAGCAUAAUAAAGGAAACAAUCUCUAUGCCGCCAGUGGAAAAUACGGAAAACCUUUUCCCUCCCUUCGUGAGUAUGCCACCAUAUCCAAAAAAACAAUCAGUGUCAAAUUCUACCUCUAGAGCUGCUUCUCCAUCACACAGUCUCACACAUUAUCCAGAUGCUCCGUUCUUGAAUAAUAGUAAAGCACCAAUGAAAACAUAUGGACUAACUCCGAAUCAUCCAUUACCAUCCACUAGUAACCUAACAAAGGCUUUGCAACAAAAUGGCAUGGGUAACAAUAACUAUGGAUAUGAUAAUAAAUCACAGUAUGUUAAUGGAAAUAUGAAUGGUAAAAAGGAACACAUGGCAACAAAUAAUUCAGACACCGUUCAGAGUCAAGCUAAACUGAACUUGGAUUUUACAAUUGGCUUAAUAAAUUUGGGCAAUUCUUGCUAUUUGAACUGCAUCAUCCAAUGUCUACUUGGAUGUCAUGAACUCUCCUAUAUCUUCUUAACAAACUCCUACAAGAAGCAUGUUAACGUUAACAGUCGUUUAGGGUCCAAGGGUUUAUUAGCGAACUACUUUUCUCAGCUUGUCCAAAAGAUGUACCAACAAGGUAAGUUGUUGGCUUAUAAUAACACGAACGUGGAAAUCACAGCGGUCCAACCUGCGCAGUUUAAACUGGCGUGCGGUUCUGUGAAUUCAUUGUUCAAGGGCAAACAACAGCAGGACUGCCAAGAGUUUUGCCAAUUCUUAUUGGAUAGCUUACAUGAAGACCUUAACCAAUGUGGUAAUAAUCCACCAUUAAAGGAGUUAAGUCCAGAGGCAGAAAAGAUGAGAGAAACUAUGCCUCUAAGAAUAGCAUCGGCCAUAGAGUGGGAAAGAUAUCUAACAACAGACUUCAGCAUUAUAGUAGACUUAUUUCAAGGUCAAUAUGCGUCUCAACUUAAAUGUAAUGCGUGUGGAAGAACUUCUACAACUUACCAAGCCUUUUCUGUUUUAUCCAUUCCUGUUCCGAGAAGUGGGACGUGUACGAUUUAUGAUAGUUUUAAGGAGUUUACCAAAUUGGAAACUUUAGAAAAGGAUGAACUAUGGAAUUGUCCUUCAUGUAAGAAGAGACAGCCAUCUACAAAACAGAUAAUUAUAACACGGUUGCCAAAUAACUUAAUCAUUCAUCUAAAAAGAUUCGACAAUAUGAUGAACAAAAACAAUGUAUUUGUUAACUACCCGGAAGAAUUAGACUUGACAUCUUAUUGGGUUGAUGAUUACCGGGGGGAAAUGCCUAAAGAUAAUGGUGUAUCAUUACCCUUACGUGGUCAAAAGCCUCCCUUUAAUUACAAAUUAUUUGCAGUGGCCUGUCACUCAGGAACCCUUUACGGUGGACAUUAUACAUCUUAUGUUGAUAAGGGAACACUUGGAUGGUGUUGCUUUGACGAUGAGAAUUGGAGGAAAAUCAGAAGAAAAGGCGAAUACAUUACUCCAAAUGCAUAUGUAUUGUUCUACCGUAGAAUCAAUGUUUAG